AUGAAAGGAACAUUAUCUUUCCAAAGUUCAACAAUUGAACAAGACACAGAAUUUAGUCAUAUUGAUACAGUUCUUUCUUCACUGGCACCCAACACUUCAAGCUCAACAGAAAAUGAACUACCGGGCUCAUUGCCUGUUCCACUACUUGCCGACUUUGGGCAUUUUGAAAAACAAGAUCCUGAGUAUAUAUUAGUAGAAUCGAACGAUGAAAAUCCAGACGACACCAAAACGAAUUCCAAUGAUAACAUACCUAGGACUUCGGAGACGUCUGCAAGGGACAAUGAUAACGCAGGCGAGAGUGUGGAAGGCAGGAGUGUGGAACGCGGGAGUGUGGAAGACGUCAAUGAAACAGCGAAGGAAGAAAUAGAUGGACAACAGCAUGCAGAAAAUGUUGUCGAUAGUGGCACAACAUGA